UACUGGGUCAACAAGGCGAGCUAACAGGCCCAUCAUGAGUGCUGCUCAGAGUGUAACCUCACUGAGGGCCAAACUGGAGACGCUGCAGUGCCACUUCACGUGGGAGCUGGACCACAGCAGAUCAAAACUUCUGCUCCUCAGGGACAACCUGGAGGAUAUUGGCAGCGAGGAGGGAUACCUGUGGCUGGGUCAUAUUUACAACCUGCAGGCGUACAUACACUUCCACUUGAGCUCUGAAGACGACACCCUGGGGUCGACUACGGACGACGCUCUGCAGAGCUUCAGCAGGGCAGCGGAGGCCUUUCGCCAGAUCAGGAACACGGUCUCAGAUGAGGGUCCCUGGCUGGUGGUGAACUACGGGGACUCGGCUUGGCUGCACUAUCACCUGGGAGAGAACGCAAAAAGCUGGUCUUAUGUGGCAAAGGUGGAGGCCCUGCAGCUGGAAUAUCCAUCUCCCUCCCAGGAUGAGCUCCAUCCAGAAAUCUAUGCUGAAAAAGCGUGGACUCUGAUGAAGUUCAGCCCUGACCGAAAGAUGGAGGCUGUAGAAUGCUUCCGGAGAGCCAUCAGGAUGGAGCCGGACAGGGUGGAGUGGCACACCAGUCAUGUCUUGGCACUGGAGGGUGCGUUUGAAAAUCGUACCCCUGAGCAGGAGGCUGACAUCUUGGGGAGACUGAGAAUUGCUAAGGAGCAUGACCCAGAGAAUUUGUAUCUUGCUGCUGUUUACCUGGGGAAACUUGCAAAGACCGGUGGAAUAAUUGAAGAUCAAGCACGUGAGCUGGCUAAAAGGGUUUUGAAAAAGCCUGUCAGCAGCUACAGUGGCAUCAGACCAUUACUGAGACUUUACAGGAUGUAUUUAUCCAUUGAUGAGGCCAUUGAUUUGGCAGAUGAGCUGUUAGAAAGACACCCAAAUGAGCGCUAUCUGAAAAGCUGUCUUGCAACCUGCUACAAAUGGAGGAUCUUUUCAGACAAGGACAACCCCCUGAAGCAAAGUAUGAUGGAAAGAGCAAUCAGUCUUCACAAGGAAGUGAUUUCUCUGUAUCCUCAUUCUUCAUUACCGACAAAAAUUGCCCUUGCAAAUAUAUACGCAGAGUCAAGUCAACAUGACAGCGUUCAAGCUGACCAGAUAUACGAGGAAUUGAAAGAAAGCAACCUGGAGCUUGCUCAGUUACAGAUGGUUUACAACAGCUACGCAAAGUACUUAAACCACCACAAACAAGAGCGCUACAGGUCAAUAGACUUUCACAUGAGGGCAGCAGAAAUACCACAACCAUCCAACUCCCGUAAGAACAGCAUAAAAAUUUUGAGACAAAUUAAAGACAGGGGUAGGAACAAAAUGUGUAGAGAAAUAGAAUUUUUUUUGAUUAACCUCCAAGAGUAG